CACCGUUCAGCUCGCGCCCAGUCAGUACCACUGCACCACAUGGCGAGGAGCGAGCAUGCCCCACGAGGCGAGCGACGACCAGUGCGCGCCCGACGCGCCCGCAAAGUUCUGCGCGCGCCCGACGCCCAGCAACGGGGAGGAACGGGCAGGGAGGGGAGGCACGAGGCGAGAAACAAAGAGAGAGAGAGAGAGAGAGAGAGAGAGAACAAACCAAAAAAAAACUACCAAAAACCAAGUCAAGACACGAAGGGAAAAAUAGCCCGGGCAACACGCUUUCGAGGCCCCUGGCGCUGCGCAGGAGGGCGCGCCCCCAGCAGCUCCACCGCACAGGGCGGCGCCCGAUCCCUGGCGGCUCAGGGCUGCCCGGCGGCGGCGCCGCCGCCGUGGCCGGCGCUGCAUCCUCCGCGACCGAGUUCUUCUACUUGGUCGUGGCGAAGCGGCCGUUGGGCUCCCUCGGCCUGAUCUCAGGGAUCGUGAAGACGCACUCGAGGUGCGCCAUGGUGCUCCCCUCCCCCCCGCGCUUCUGGAACAGCGCGAUCGUCGCGUCGAACGAGUCGCACUGCAUGGCAGCCGCCGAGAGCUUCCCGACGGCCUGCCCGCCUUCCGCCCGUGACCGCUGUCUGGUCGUUGGCGAAAGAGAACUCGCCUUCACCUUCCUCGCUAGAGUCCUCUUCCGACUCCUGCACGGGGAGGGGGGACGGGUGAGAGGAGGGCAAGAUGAGACCACGCCCCCCCUCGAACGAGGAGGAGGGAGGAGGCAGAGGAAGAGGCUACGGGGAAGAGGAAGAGGAGGACGAGGGCGAGUUUAGGAGGAAGGAAGUAAAUCUGUCUGUCAAAACACCAAAAGGGGAAGAGCAAAACAGAAUGAGAGGGAUGAUGGAGGAGCUGCGUGCCCGAGGCCCCGCAGAAACGUAGAAACCCCUGGAGGUCACCCCGAGCCUUCCAAGUCCCAAUCGGAGGGAGAGAUGAGCAGCGGAACGAGCACCGGGAGGAAAGGACCACAUAGUUUUAUCUCUCGACGAUAAGCCACAAUAUGCGUGGGGGGGAGCUACCGGCCGAGAAUCUAACCGUUUUGUUGUUGCAUUGGGCGGCCUCACGUAUGCCCUCGUGCACCAAUCAUUUCACUUCUGUUUGAACUCCAGCUGUUUGGCUCACUGUUGCCCUUGCCCUUCACGUGCGGCCUCGCCUUCGGCGUAGGCGGCGGC